AUGGUCCUCCACAACCCCAACAACUGGCACUGGGUCAACAAGGACGUGUCGGUGUGGUCCAAGAAAUGGUUUGAUGACAACCUGACCAAGAUCGAGGCCAAGGAGGGCGAUGUAUCGGCCAAGAUUAGCAAGGUCGUCAGCAUGGACGGCGACUGCGAUGUUGCGCAGCGCAAGGGCAAGGUUAUCACCAUUUUUGAUGUCAAGUUAACGUUGGAGUUCACAGGCUCCACUGCCGAUGGCGACGAGGUUUCGGGGACCAUCACGGUGCCCGAGGUGUCGCACGAGCUUGAUGAGGAUGAAUUUGUGUUUGACAUCGACGUCCACUCCGAGUCCAAGGAGAAGCAGGCUGUCAGAGAUCUGGUCAAGUCCAAGAUCGUCCCUCAGCUUCGCAGCGAAUUCGUCAAGCUGGCUCCCGCCCUCAUCGCUGAGCACGGCAAGGACUUACAGCACCCUGCUGGGUCGAACCCAUCCAGCGGCUUCACGACCCCCAAGUACCACCCCCCGACCGGCGCCCAAGCCACCAAGGCUACUACCACAGCCACCCAGUCCAAUGCCGGAAGCGUCGUAAACACCACGACCGUGACCGAUAACGAGGAGUUCCGUACCACAGCUGAGGAGCUUUACAAGACCUUCACCGAUCCCCAGCGGAUAGCUGCAUUCACCCGCGCCCCUCCCAAGGUUUUUGAGGGCGCCAAGAAGGGCGGCAGGUUUGAGUUGUUUGGUGGCAACGUGUCUGGCGAGUACCUGGAGUUGGAGGAGCCCAAGAAGAUUGUCCAGAGCUGGCGUCUGGACCAGUGGCCCGCUGGCCAUUACUCUAAGCUCAGCAUUGAGUUUGACCAGAACGACGUUGACCAUGUCACGGUCAUGCGCGUCGAGUGGACCGGCGUGCCCAUCGGCCAAGAGGAGCCCACCAAGCAGAAUUGGCUCGAGUAUUACGUCCGCAGCAUCAAGAGGACUUUUGGUUUUGGCACCAUUCUUUAA